AUGGUAACAUCUUCAAGUCAACUUCCUGCUGACGAACCCGACGUUCACCUUGAGUUAAUGCAGCGCGUUCCAGCGUUUCAAGAGUCGCCGGUGCAGGGUAAAGUAACCUGUGCUACAUAUGGCAGGGAUUUUUUGAUAUUGGGCACAGAGGAUGGUGUUAUCACCGCGCUCUCGAGAGGCGACAAUGAGUGGACGGAGAUAGCAACCAACCACACUAAAAAGGACCUUGGAAUUGAGAAAAUUAUAGCAUUGGAUGAAAUGAAUUGUGCCCUUGCUUUGACCUCUGGUAGGACAGUGGCUGGUUAUUCUUUGGAUAAGUUGGAGACAUGGCCCAAGCUGUCAAUGCGAGAUGUAAGUCAGUUUGUACUUGAGGAGAAUGCAGAUCCACAAAAACCUCGUCAACAAAUCGCCAUAUUUACCUCAACUGCUAUUAGGUUUCUCGAUUUGACUCAAGACUCGGUAAAAGUAGCUCGAUCGAUCGAGUACCCAGACAUCAUUAAAGGUUGUUGGAUUGACACCAAACUAUUAUUGGCAACAAAGGAUACAUAUGAGUUGCUAGACCUGUCGAAAGACUCUAAAAUCCCUCUUUUUCCCGUUGCACCGGGCUUGGAACCAAUUCUAGGAAUUGCAGGUCCCACCGAGUUCCUCGUGGUACAAGGCACCGCUAUGGAAGAUGUGGCUAUGGGGCUAAUUGUGACCGAUGGGGGUGAGGUCGCUCGCCAGGGUGAUGUUAUUAUGUGGGACACGUAUCCUUCUCAGGCGGUUGUGAUCAAUUGCACGUACUUACUAUCCGUUGUCAAGUCUCAGCUUUUAAUACAUUCCCUAAAGACGAAAAUCGAGCUCCUGGAGCAUGACUUUGGUGAUCGGCCAGUCGUGAGGGUGUUUGAUUUUCCCGGUCCAUUGAUUCCUAAUGAGCAAUUGACCACAAAGCUAGGCAGACCAUGCUCAACCCGAGCCAUGGCUUUGAUUGUUUAUGAAGAUGGCAUGGACUGGUGGCUCCCGCCAUCAGAUUUCAGUCGAGUUGAAACAGGUAUUCUUGAAGGUGAAAUCGAAGAGAUUUCGCCCAACAUGAUUGAUAUUGGAAACGAGCAAGGUGUUUGGGAACUCGAGUACCUUAGUUUACUGUUGGCAUUGCAGCUAUUGGUGUCCAAAGAGUACACAAAAGCUGUAGGUGCCUGGCUGGACGGCAUCAAACUCGACUCUGGCAUUGUACUUUUUUUAUUUGGGGAUGGCACGGCACCUUCUACCUUUCCUGGGUUGAAAGGAAUUCUUGAUCAGCUUGAAGGUCUCAGAUCAGAUCAGGCAGCUUUGCGGUUUUACCGAACUUUUCUUCGUGCCCAAAUCAAGCGCCACUCUGAUGUUGCAAAAUUCGAAAUACACUAUGCCAAACUGUUGCAGGGCUCUUCUUAUAUCCAGUUUAUUGCCAAAGAUGCCACUGCCUCUUUUGACCAGCUAAUCGAGCAGCUCCGUACUACAGAACAGUUUGAUGUGCUAGAAAAGGUGUACACACAGCGCCAGAUGAGCAGCGAGCUUGUGGAUCUGUGGACUGAAGCACUCAAAGGAAGUAUACCGCUUGACAAGGAGGCGUCGGCAAAAAAACUGUCUGAGGUGCUUCAGAACAGCGAAGAUGAAGACUUGGUCUGGAGAAAAGCUUUGGAAGUAACAAGUCUGGAUGUCAAUACUGGUUUGAACAUCUUGAAAACAACAAAAGUGAGAUUUGACGAACAACGAGUCCUGGAUGCAUUAAAACAACAAGGCGAGCUUGCUUGGAGGUCUUACCUCAAAUAUUUGGUAUAUGAGGUCAAGAACCCAUCCUUUGCAGCCGAUUUGACUACAAUCAUUGCGGCUGAUCUUGUCGAAGGCUCAAAAACUCCGCAAGUAUCCAAGUUUAUCAAAAAACUCUACAAGGAGUAUACCGAGCUACCCCACCCCAAACGAUCCUUUUACGAAUACAUUGUGAAGCAAAAGGAAAGGCAACAACAACACAAGGUAAUAUACGAGUUUUUGCAGCUCGAGCUAGACUUUUGGCAUCUUCUUUGUCGCCCUGAGGCUGACUUGGCUAGUCUCACUGCUUUACUUGAUGAAAACGCCCGGCACCUGAUCAUUGAGCGUUCGGCGCUCUACAGUUAUCUCGGCCUGCAUACGCAAUGCAUUGAACUAUUGGACGAAAUUAAAGACUACCAGAGCUUAUUUUAUUAUUGUGAGUACGGGCGACCAGCCCCUCCACCAAGUGUAACUCUUGAUAAACAGAGGCCACGGAUGCAGCUGGACUUGACCAAGGAAGUUUUCCGCCAACUCACGCACGGCUCACGCAAUGUACAUGUUGUUAGCGAGCUUUUGCGACUAAAGGCAUCAGACAUUAGCGUGGAUCUGGCAUUGGAGUAUUUGCCUAGUGAAUGGGCAGCCAGUGAGUUUUCAGAGUAUUUUUCCUACCACUUGAAGCAUAUAUCAAGCGAGAAACGGCAGUCCAUGUUGCUUCGUGGGGUGGCCAAGUACGAAAACUCGAUGAUCUCUUCAGAGGUUGUAAGACAAACGAAAGUUAACGAAUAA